AGAUUUGUGUGCAAGUCGACUUGUUGCACGUUGUAGUUAUUUCUUCCGAAGGAAAGAAGAUUGCUGGCUAUCAAGCAAAUAAUCACCUUUCAUUAAGUUGCAAGAAGAAGAUCCCAAACAGAACCUUCUUGUCUUACUCGCAUUUAGGCUGGUUUCCACCUCGUAGUGUUCCCAGAAUGGCUCUUUUUGGUAGCCGGAUUUUAUCACUGAGGGGAUGUCUGGGUGGCAUGAAGCGGUUCAAAUCUGCACAGGCCUUCCAAUGGCAAGAUGCAUUACUGUUGGAGGAUUCCCUAUCUGAGGAUGAACGAAUGAUUAGAGAUCAAGUCCGAACAUACUGCCAGGAGAAGCUAAUGCCUCGUGUCACUCUUGCACAUCGUCAGGAAGUGUUUGAUCGUGACAUCAUGACGGAGAUGGGUUCGAUGGGCAUGCUUGGAUCAACAAUUUCAGGCUAUGGCUGCCCCGGUGUGUCAUCUGUGGCUUACGGUCUCAUUGCCAGGGAAGUUGAGCGAGUGGACAGCGGAUACAGAUCAGCGAUGAGUGUGCAGUCAUCUCUGGUCAUGUUCCCGAUCUUUGCGUUCGGAACCGAAGCACAGCGGGAGAAGUACCUGCCAAACCUGGCCACUGGUAAAACGAUUGGUUGCUUCGGUCUGACUGAGCCGAACCAUGGCAGUGACCCGGCUGGCAUGGAGACUACAGCCAAGUUUGACAGUGCGAGUAAAACCUACACGCUGAAUGGAGCCAAGACAUGGAUCACGAACUCACCAGUAGCCGACGUCUUUGUUGUGUGGGCAAAGUGUGACGAUGGUCGCAUCAGAGGAUUUGUAUUGGAAAAGGGAAUGGCUGGGCUGUCAGCACCCAAGAUAGAUGGUAAAUUCUCACUGCGCGCCUCUGUAACUGGCCAGAUUGUCAUGGAUGAUGUUAAGGUUUCUGAAGAGCAUCUUCUGCCAGCCGUGUCCGGACUAAGAGGCCCCUUUUCCUGCUUGACGAAUGCUCGCUACGGUAUUGGAUGGGGUGCACUAGGAGCAGCAGAAUUUUGUCUUGCAGCAGCCAGGGAAUACACAAUUGACCGGAAACAGUUUGGUCGGCCCUUAGCCGCUACUCAACUCAUACAGAAGAAGCUUGCUGAUAUGCUGACCGAGAUCACCCUGGGAUUGCAUGCAUGCCUGCGAGUUGGCCGUCUAAAGGAUGAGGACCGCGCAACUGGCGAGAUGAUCUCCCUGAUCAAGCGCAACUCAUGCGGCAAAGCUUUGGAAGCAGCGCGUCUUUCCCGAGACAUGCUCGGAGGAAAUGGCAUCAGUGAUGAAUACCACAUUAUCCGCCACGUACUCAACUUGGAGGCAGUCAACACUUAUGAAGGAACUCAUGACAUCCAUGCGCUCAUCCUUGGCCGAGCCAUAACGGGUCUUCAAGCAUUCCAGUGAGAAUCUUUGGUCAUUGCUCUACGACAUGUUUCAAUGAGAAUCUAGGGUCCUGUAAAGCACGUCAGUUUUCGACAGUGUCCGUGUCUGCUGCAGGUAUUUGACAGUGUCCGUGUCUGCAGCAGGUAUUUGCUAAAACAAUGUUACACUUUUUAAAUUUCAUACAUGCAUACAUGCAUACAUGGAGAAGAAGCAUGACAUUUAUUGUCCUACAAAGCAUGCAGUGCUCUUCUUUGCACUCUCUUGAGAGCUUGUUUCUGCCAAGUCCGGGGCACACACACGUACCAUCACUUAUAGUUGUUCUUGCUUGUUAUCUAAUUUCAGUGAUGCUGCAUAUUUGCACAUCCUCCAAACAUAGAAUAAUUGUUACUUCCCUGCCAUGAUAGAUCAAUAUCAGCCAUAGACACGAAUUAGUUGAGUGUCAAUCAUAGACUUUUUGAUUAUUCCACCUGUUUAUAGUUUUUGUGUCCAGAUGAGAUAGGUGACGUUACCCUCCUGAAAAAUAAUAAUUAUAAUUACAUGUAUAGCAUUGAAUUGAAUGAAUCUUGCCUCCUCUA